AUGUCUGACAUGAAAAACGACUUUGACGAUGUUCGGUAUCAGCAUCACCUCGUGCACCGAGGUAGUGCCAACCGACAGAUAUGUUGGAUUGUUUGGUCAUGCAUAGCAGCAUUUGUGCUUAUCAGACUCAGCCGAACAAUGGUUACGUGGUUGAGUAGGCGAAUGUUACGCGCACACAAGUUCAUGUCUCCAUCACCAAGGAGAUUUUCCAGAUCGAGACGUGCAUUAGCAUUCAUCCAUGCUGUCGCUGUACUGCCAUUCCCAAAAACAUUGCGGCGCACUUUGAAUACCUUUUCCUUGGGCAGCAUCGUUGCGCUGACCAUAUAUCUGAUCAUCGUUGUGUCAAUACUUCUGUCUGUCGAUGCGCCUACCUCGACUGCUCAUUUCACCGACGAUGUCGCAUUCAGAGCUGCUUGGGUCACCGUUACCCAGAUCCCGCUGGCCUUCUUCUUGUCGACCAAACGCGGACCCAUUAACUUUCUCGCUAGCAUAUCGUACGACAGGAUCAGCUGGCUGCACAAAUGGGUUGGUCGUAUGGUCUUCGUCUCUGCCACCACUCAUGUUGCGAUCAUGAAAUCGUCCAUCUCGAUGACGGACAUUCUAUUCUCACAGGACCAAAGCGCUACCGUCGUGCGUUACGGCAUCGGCUCAUACUUGUUGCUGACCUGGAUUGCAGUCAGCGGCAUCUUACCCAUCAGGAAGUGGAGCUAUCGCGCUUUCUACAUCAACCACUGGGUGUCGACAUUGGGCUUUUUGAUGAUUGUCCUCCAACAUGUGCCAAGACAUGCAACGACUCCGAUCUACAUGGCGUUCGGUUUUGUAGCAUUCGACAAAAUUUCAGUCUUUGUCUCGUUCCUCCGGGUCAAUAUCUCAGUACGGCCACUCAAACCAGGUCUAGCCAAAUCCAGAAAAGCACCAGGUCGGGCAAUGUUGAUUGCCGGCUAUCCAGUCGAGAUGCUGGAACCGCACAAUCUGGGUGUCUCGACCGACAUCGAGGAAUCCACGACUUUGAUCCGCAUUUGCAAUGUACCAUUGACGUGGCGACCAGGGCAACACAUCAGGUUGUACCUCCCAGCACUCGGCGCAUUCGAGAUGCACCCCUUCACACCCGCAAACUGCUCGAGCAUAAUGACGCCGCCACCCUUGCCGCCUAGGAGAAGUCUAGAUGUAGAGAGACGAGGGUCCGCAUCUUCUAUGGCAUCAUCGAAGCAGUCCAGUGACAUUCUGUUGAUGGUUCGCGCUCACUCGGGUCUAACUCGGCGCCUCAAGGAGUUUCACACGGAGUGGCUGAGGCUCCCAUGUCCAAACACGACCGUGUCAUCCACUGCAACGUCGCUGACAGCGUAUGUUGAUGGGCCGUACGGCAGUCCGCCAAACUGGGAGGAUCACAAGAACUUACUGCUUAUCGCCACCUCGACUGGCGCAUCAUUCGCAUUAUCCAUCAUGGAUUACCUAGAGCAGCUAUGCUUCUCGGACGUAUCGAAACUUAGAACUCAGAGCAUCCGCUUUGUUUGGGUGGUGCGACACAUCGACCCACAAUUCGAAGCUUCUGUUGCAGAGCUACUGCGGCGGUACAGCUCGAUGCUGAGGGAUUUCAGCGUGCGAGUAGAAACGGAGCUCUACGUUACUUGCAAAGAAGCCGAAGUCAAACCAAGCAUGACUGAGUUUGAUCAAUUUGCACACCUGCGCCCUCGACUUCCACGAUAUGGAUCAGGUGAUCGAACCCUUACGAUCCGCAAUCCUGACGAGAUCUAUAACGAAUGGGAGGAGGAAGAGCGACAGUGGGCGGAAAUGGAAGCGCUCGAGGAAAUGCAGAUGAAAGAAGUUGACCCAUUCGAGGAUGCCUACGAACUCAGCUCAACCUACAGUAACAACGAGGGCGCUGUCAGAGCUUACGAAGGCGAGGGCUACGCGUGCUCGGAGACCAGCACACUGCUUAAUGGAGCAAACGGCCAACAAGACCAGCGCAACAGCAAUACCUUCUCCGAGGUACGAUUAACGAUGGAUGAAACUGCAGCGUUGAAUCAGUCGCGGCCACUGCCGUCGCCUGUUCGUCCGCCGCUACUGCCACGAGAAAAGCCCAAGAUGAAGACCUGCCAGUGCGCCCUCGUGCAAUACCAGCGCCAUAAGCUCCACAAAUCCAUAAAGUCUUCCUUCGAGAGCAGUUCGUACGGUGUACGACCAGACAUCUCGCGCAUCAUCACAUCCGCUGUGAACGUCGACCAACGCAGCAAGUCGAUGGUAGCUGUUUGUGCGAACAGCGCGGUCUCGGUUCAAACGAAUAAAGCUGUCUCACAGGUGAAACUCGCCUUUGCACGAGGACAAAGGGCGACAGAUGUCGAGAUCUUCACUGAAGGGUUUGGUUAG